AUGGCGCCUGGGUCUGACACUGCGUCUCCUUCGGAGACUCUCAAGGCCAACGGCGCGAAUGGCGCUACGGCCUCCGGUAAUGAGUCCAAAGAUGAGACUGUCAAGUAUGCUCCGAUCGGCUCGAUCUGCGACAUCCACAGCAUGUACGAGAGCAAGCCCGAUGAGAGUGGCAACAGGUCAUGGACCAAGGAGCUGCCAUCCGAUCUUCCCGAUCCCGCCGAAGACGACGAGUCCGCGCAGUAUGCACUUAUUCUGCGCAAGUCGAGGUGCUAUGAUGGGCGCAAGAACCUCGAGCUUCACUCUGUCGUCAUCCAAAGCCAACCGCUCAAGAACUUCCUCGGCAAAGUACUGGACGGCUAUCCGGGCGUUACGACGACUCUGGAGCGUCUGGAAUUCACAAAGCCCUUUGCGCCCCUCGUGCACCGUUGGGAGACUUUUCUCCGGGUCCGAUCCGAAGAGCAGGACUCUGUCACUAAGGAGCAUGUCGAGCUCUUCUACCGCAUCUUGGAGGGAGAGCUGCGAGAUGUGAUUUCGCUGAAGAAGGACCUGGUUGCCAACAACGUCGUUACAUACGACCUCGUCUGGAGCAUCUUUGAGCCAGACGAUUUCAUGAUCGGCUCGAUGGAAGGACACCAAACUGCGCUCUUGUUCAGCGAGGCCUACGUCGACUGCCGCACCAAGGCCUGGAAGAUUGAAGGCAAAUUCAUCACCUUUGACGGCGACGACUUCGGCUUUGAAACCGACGUAUUCACCAUCCCCCCCUUCUUUGGCACCACGCCCAUCACCUCCCUCAGUGCAUUCCCGCUGCGCUACCACGCCGGCCAGGCGGCCAUCCGCGAGGCCCUGGUAGCGCGUGGCAAGCGGUGGGAAGAGCACAGAGGGUACCACUUCAAGCAAUACGAGGGCCCGGCGACGCGGUUCCUUGAAGACGAUGAAGUGAAAUACAACGUCAAAAGCCGCAUCAUCAUCGAUGCCGACGCCUUCAACAUCUUCCACCCGACCGAAUCCGUCAGCAUAGACGACAAAGUCGACGACACCUUAACCGACGACCAGCGCCUGAUAACCUCGCCCAUGGUGUACGGCUACUCGCUCAAGGACAAGGAGUGGCUCCGGUUCGCGCUGGAUAAUGCCCAUGACAUCGAGUGGGAUUCGCGUGCCUUCGACUCCCUCGUCCUGCCCGAGGGCCAGGGGAACCUCAAACAACUGAUUCUGGCUAUCGCCAAGGCCCAGUCGCAGCAGCUGGACAACUUCGAUGAUGUUGUGCAGGGCAAGGGUCGCGGUAUUAUUCUCCAGCUCAGUGGUCCCCCGGGCGUUGGCAAGACCCUCACUGCGGAGAGUGUCGCUGAGGUGAUGAAGGUCCCGUUGUAUGCGAUGAGCGCGGGCGACCUCGGGACCAGUGCCGGCAGGGUCGAGCAGAACCUCAAGAAAAUCCUGCGGAUGAUUCCCAAGUGGGGUGCUGUUCUGCUGCUCGACGAGGCGGAUGUCUUUAUGGAGGCGCGGACCAGCACCGAUCUCGAGCGUAAUGAGCUUGUCUCGAUUUUCCUCCGCAUCCUGGAUUACUACGAGGGCAUUCUUUUCCUGACUACCAACCGUGCCGAGAAUAUCGACGCCGCGUUCGAGUCUCGCAUCCAUGUCUCGCUCGCCUACCGCAACCUGGAUGCCUCCUCGCGGCGCCACAUCUGGUCCCAGUUCCUGGACACCCCGUCCGGGCCGGCAUUCUCCAGUGAGCAACUGGAUAAGGUGGCCGCGGUGGAGCUGAAUGGUCGCCAGAUUAAGAACGUGUUGAAGACGGCCAACCUCUUGGCUCAGGUGGAGAGGGGGCCAACUCAAGUAUGA